AUGACACAAGCCUUCCAAGUCGUUAUUGUUGGUGCCGGACUGAGCGGUCUCCGAGCUGCAAGGGAAGUCCACAAUGCCGGUCUGUCUUAUAUCGUCCUUGAAGCCAUGGACCGUGUCGGAGGCAAGACAUUGUCCGUUCAGGUCUCUGAAGACAAUGGAAUUGUCGACCUAGGCGCUUCAUGGAUCAACGAUACAAGCCAGAGCGAGAUUUACAAGUUGGCCAAAGAGUUUGGCUUCGAUCUUGUUGAGCAGCGUACAGAGGGGCGUAGUCUGUACAGAGAUGAAAAGGGAGAGGUUCAUUGCAUCCCUUUUGAGAUGCCAGCAAAUCUUGAGCCGGAACAACUGAAGGAAGUCGACCAAUUCAUGCAGCUCCUUUCCGAGUAUGCUGAGAAAUGCGACACCGGCAAUCCUUCCGACGGACCAGACGCAACGCAACUUGAUUCCAUCACCGUCGCCGAGUUCAUCGCAGGAUUUAAUGAUCCUGGUGCUUCAGCCCUCGUCAACAGCAUCACUCGCAGCUUACUCGGCGUGGAAAGCGAUGAACCCAGCGCUCUGUUCUUUCUCGACAUAUUGAAACGAGGAACCGGUCUGAAGAAUGUUAUAUCUGACUUUAAGGAUGGAGCUCAGUAUCUUCGUAAUCGACAGGGCAAUCAAUCAUUCUGUGAUCGCCUUGCUGCUGGUCUAAACGCAGGAAGCGUGAAGGUCUCAAGCGCUGUUAAGGCCAUUAAGCAGAAGGAUGGCGAGGGCUGCGUAGUCGAGACUAUUCACGGCGAUGUCUACAGAGCAGACAAGGUAAUCGUUUCAGUGCCAACACCAUUGUACCCUCUCAUCCACUUCGAUCCAAGUCUUCCACCAGCCAAGAAGGCACUCAGCGAGUCUGCCAAGUCAGGAUAUUACACCAAAACGGUUCUUGUAUAUACAGAGCCAUGGUGGCAUUCCGCAGGUCUCUCAGGCGUAUAUAGCUCCGCCGACGGUCCAGUCGUCUUCACGCACGACACUUGCGUUCCUCAAGAUGGUCAAUACAGCAUAACUUGCUUUCACGCUGGCGAUCCAGGGAGGAAGUGGUCAAAACUGCCAACUGAAGCACGAAAGAAGGUUGUUUUACAGGACAUCCGCGCUGCAUUUGGCACUGUCGUGGAUACUGUACCCGAGCCUAUCAAUGUCAUUGAGAAAGAUUGGACGAAGGAUCCUUGGGCUCAAGGUGGACCUGGUCCUGUUUGGAGACCUGGGUUCUUGGCGGGUGACUCUGGAAAUAGUAUCGCUGAGCCGUUUGGGAACAUUCAUUUUGUUGGAACGGAGACGGCUUCAGUUUGGAGGGGGUACAUGGACGGAGCUGUGAGGUCGGGCAUUCGGGGAGGUCAGGAAGCUGUGGCGCAACUCAAUAUCUCGACAUAG